AUGAUUGACAAUAAGACUGACCAGUCGUCCAUUUUCAAUUGUUCAUUGGAAGCAGAAAAGGAGAAAAUAGAUUACUUUGUAAAAUAUCUGUUUGCUCAGGCAAAAAUGUAUUUUUUGGAAGAGAAGUGGAUAGGCGAGAAGAGAAGCAUAUUUGGUGAAGUCACUAAUGAAUCAGCAUUAGAAAACCAUGACCAGAUUCACCUCUUUUUAUCUAGUUCUCGUCGCACCAUUUCUGAUUCAACUGCAUUUCUACAGCGUGUCUGCACAAGAUGCUUUAUACUUACUUCGGGAGGACAAUUCUACAGGUGUAACAAUUGCUUUUGGAAACCUGCACUUUUAAAUUCCUACAGUUGUAAAAUACAAGAGCAGUUACCUUGUUUACAGCAAACUGCAACGCAUCGAGCUGUGCUUAUGGUCAUUUUAUCUUCUACUGGUAAUUGUUCGUUACUGGAGCAUCUGGGAUUCACCAUUGCUAGCGGGAUGAUGUAUAACAGCACCACCUCUGAUUUUCAACCAUUUAGUGAUAGCUGCUGCAGAAAUGAAACAGAAUUUUUGGAAACUAGCACGAGCAUAAUCACAAGCACAGAAACAGUAACAACAGAAUCAACAAUCACAGUACCAACAGUAACAACGACAACAGCAUCAACUGUAAGCGAAUGUGUCGACCUGAGUGUUGCAAAUCGUGUAUCUGAUUGUUUUGCACUGUCUUACCUAUGCAACAACGCAGUCUACUACUCACUAAUGACGCAGCAAUGUCCCUGUACCUGUGGUCGUUGUGUCUGUACUUCAUGUAAGUUUAUUUUUCGUAUUUGUAGGUAAAU